AUGCCAGUGAAAGUGACUAAUCUAUUCAACUACCGUAACACUUGCUUCAUCAUCGGAUUCGUGUGGUGUAUGGCAAUUGGUCACGUGAUUCCGUACUUCUGGAGAGAUACCUGCUACGUGGCAUACGAUCCUGUUAGUUGGACGUGGAUAUUCGGAGAUACACCCUGUGGAGCUAUCAUCACGACUUAUACAGAUUAUUAUACAAGUGUCGCUAUUUUUGUAGUAAUGAGUACGCUGGAUUUUUGUACUUUUACCAUGCUAGUCCUUUACCGCCGUAAAGCCCACCUAACCUCUAACACCGAAACCAAAAGAAGACGUCACGUCGAGAUUAGAUUCUUCACCCAGUCCUGCAUCCAAGGUGUCCUAUUUUUCUAUGAAGUCUUCAUGUUUAAUUAUGUGGUCACAUUAAACAAUAAUAAGUGGUUUGUCUUCAUAACAACUACUUUUGCCUGGGAGCUUUGCCAUUGUUUGGAUGGACAAUACGAAUACACCGAUCUGACAUUUGGAAAAAUCCUUGGCCAAAUCAACAUACUAUUCUGGAAUGCGUGUUGCUACUCUCAUCUCGUGAUCUCUCUCAAUCGAUUUCUCACAAUUUGUAUGCCAGUGAAAGUGACAAAUCUAUUCAACUACCGUAACACUUGCUUCAUCAUCGGAUUCGUGUGGUGUAUGGCAAUUGGUCACGUGAUUCCGUACUUCUGGAGAGAUACCUGCUACGUGGCAUACGAUCCUGUUAGUUGGACGUGGAUAUUUGGAGAUACUCCAUGUGGAGCUAUCAUCACGACUUAUACAGAUUAUUAUACAAGUGUCGCUAUUUUUGUAGUAAUGAGUACGCUGGAUUUUUGUACUUUUACCAUGCUAGUCCUUUACCGCCGUAAAGCCCACCUAACCUCUAACACCGAAACCAAAAGAAGACGUCACGUCGAGAUUAGAUUCUUCACCCAGUCCUGCAUCCAAGGUGUCCUAUUUUUCUAUGAAGUCUUCAUGUUUAAUUAUGUGGUCACAUUAAACAAUAAUAAGUGGUUUGUCUUCAUAACAACUACUUUUGCCUGGGAGCUUUGCCAUUGUUUGGAUGGACAAUACGAAUACACCGAUCUGACAUUUGGAAAAAUCCUUGGCCAAAUCAACAUACUAUUCUGGAAUGCGUGUUGCUACUCUCAUCUCGUGAUCUCUCUCAAUCGAUUUCUCACAAUUUGUAUGCCAGUGAAAGUGACAAAUCUAUUCAACUACCGUAACACUUGCUUCAUCAUCGGAUUCGUGUGGUGUAUGGCAAUUGGUCACGUGAUUCCGUACUUCUGGAGAGAUACCUGCUACGUGGCAUACGAUCCUGUUAGUUGGACGUGGAUAUUUGGAGAUACUCCAUGUGGAGCUAUCAUCACGACUUAUACUGAUUAUUAUACAAGUGUUGCUAUUUUUGUAGUGAUGAGUACACUGGAUGCCUCUACUUUUACCAUGCUAGUCCUUUACCGCCGCAAAUCUCACCUAACCUCCGACGCUGAAACCAAAAGAAGACGUCGUGUGGAGAUUCGAUUCUUCACCCAGUCCUGCAUUCAAGGAAUCCUAUUUUUCUAUGAAGUAUUCAAUUUCUACUAUAUCGUAACCCUCAAUACAAAUCAAUGGUUUGUCUUCAUGACAUCUACUUUCGCCUGGGAGCUUUGUCAUUGUUUGGAUGGGUGA